AACUUAUUAAUCUGUGUGUCAAAAGUCGUAUUCUUUUCUGUUGCGUCGUCUUUUCAUGUUUGUUUAUAAUCCUUAUUGAUAAAAUUGAAUUUAUUUCAAAAUAUUGUUAUUGUGGAAUUAAACAAUAGUAAAUAGUCACCAAAAUGUUUUUAGUUUACUUUGAAAAUACUUUGGUACCAAACAUCAAGAGCACAGAUGUGGCGUCAUUGAAAUUUGAGAUUUCACAACGUUAUGAUAUUUCUCCACAAGACUUGUUCGUGACUGUUAACGGGAGGACUCAUUCCUGCGAUUUGGAGUUUACCACCCUCGAUAAUGUGGUUAGAGUGUGCACCAAACUCGUUGGAGGCAAAGGCGGUUUUGGGUCCAUGUUGCGAGCCAUUGGUGCGCAAAUAGAGAAGACUACAAAUCGCGAAGCUUGUAGGGAUCUGUCUGGUCGACGACUGCGGGAUAUAAACGAAGAGAAACGUUUGAGAAAAUGGCUAGAAGGUCAAGAGGAUCGCGAACGCGAGGCAGCCGAGCGUAAACAAAAGAAGUUGGAGCGAUUAAUUGCUGAACCAAAAAUCGAUGUGAACUUGAGUCCUAUGUAUGAGAAAGAGCGUCAGGAUCUUCCGGAGCGGGUGAGUGCAGCUGUAGAUGCUGGCUGGGAGGCUGCUGGGACUUCGAGUUCAGGUGGGACAAAACGGAAGGCAGAACAUGAUAAACCUAUAGGAAAGAAAAAAGCUAAAUUGUGGAUAGAUGCAGAGUUGUCAGAUUGUUCUUCAUUGAGUGAGGAUGAGGAGGACGAGCCAACCUGCAGAGCUCAAACUGUCUCAACGGAUAGUGGGAAUGAGUCUGAUCACAUUUCUGAUGGAAGCAGUAAAGUGUGAUGUGUAUUGCCUAUAAAUUGGACUGAAUGAAUGAAUUACUAAUGUAUUUCUCAUUGAGAGAUUGUUUAUAGAAAUUAUGUAUAAUUUAAUUGCAGGUAUAAAUGUUAUGUAUAUAUGUUUUUUAUAAAAUUGUAUAGACAUAAGUAGUAUUCAUCUGAAAUAUAAUAAAUGUAUCUAGAAGAUAAGGAAAAAAA